CUGGAGUGGACAUGGGAUCCCGACCACGGCAUGACCUGGUUUGAUAUUAGCAACGUCGAAGGCCGGCCAUUCAUGAAUGAAGGCCAGACCACGACCGUC